UGCCUUCCUUUCUCGAAGGAGGAAUGCAAUGUAGACAUACCCUGAGCUAUGAACUUUGCAGUGGAAGCAAGUACCAUUAGUUACUAUUAAACCCUAAAACAUUAUUUUGAUCUCUAGAUUAAGUGGAUAGAUACUUAGUAAUUUUGACCUAUGGUUAAGUCUGUAAGUUUACAAAACUCAAAGUGAAGACAUUCCUGUUGUUGUUGUUGUUAAGGGGUGGACUAGCAAGAUCAUAAGAGGCUACUUCCUGAAAACUAAAAAUAUCUGUGUCUAAGAGAUUUGUGCAUCUGUCUUCAAGUCUGUUCAAGAACUCCUAAAUGGUCCAAGAGGGCUAACGUUUCACUAGAGCCAUAACUAGAAUGGAUAAUUAUUUUAAAGCAGCAGUCUGUGACCUGGACAAACUACUUGAUGAAUUUGAGCAAAAUACAGAUGAACUUGACUGCUACAGAACAGCUGCAGACCAGUGCGAGUCAAUACAGCAUUCAUUCUCUUCAGAAUUGGAUCAUUUACAACCUGUAUCCCUAGUUUCCAAAGUGCAAGAAUAUGUUAGCAGUUGUAAUACGUUACAAGAACUCUCUCUAGACAGUCAAGCUACAACAAAUAUAGCAAACUUUGAACUGAGUUCCGCAGCACAAAAUGAGAAAAAUGUUACUGGACUCGAUCUUCUGUCUACUGUGGAUGGUGGGGUCUCAAAUGAAAUUCAACCUUUGAGCCUGGGGAGGUGUAGUAUACCCAUAUGUGAUCUCAUCAGUGACACAGGUAAUUCGAUCCUUGCAACAAGUAGUCAUGAAGAUAUUCAGAAGCUGCAGCCAGAUGACUUCCAGUGCAAUGAGAACUCUUUGGUUGGCUUUGAUUUAUCUUUAGUACCAGGUACAGUUUGUAGUUCUUCAAUGGGUUUCAACAGUGUUUCAAACACAGAGCAACAGAAUGGUGGGGACUCAGCACUACAAGAUGCAGGACAUCUGCCAACAAAAGAGUUAAGCCAAUUAGAUUUUAAAACACAUAAUUGGAGUAAAACAAAGCUCUCCGAUUCAUGUGAUGGUCAAAAUAAGACAGAAACUUUAAAGGAUAAUAGAGUAUUUGAUCAGGUGGAACAAAUUACAGGCCUUAAUGCUACAUCUGCCUUUGUAAAAUCACAGACUUCAAAUACAGUUAUUUCCAAAGAUGACCUAACAUUUGAAAAGCUGCCUUGUGAAUCAUUGAAAGAUGAAAGUCCUUGUGGUAUGAUAAGUCAAGAGGCACCUGAAGAGAGUGUUGUUGAAAAUGUAGAUUCAAAAGAUGAAGGUAAUGGGGAAUCCUUGCUUUCUGAUCUGCCAAAGAGUUCUGAGUUAAACAAAAUCAGUUUAAAAUUAUCUGGAAAAUGCAUUUCACCAGACUUUACAUCUCAAAUAGAGGAUAGGAUAGUAUUAGAUAAUAUAAAAAAUACAGAACAAAACUUGUGCAAUCCAGCCCUUCAUACCAAUGAAAUAUUGCACAAUGUUUCAACUUCAUAUGUAACUGCUGAAGAUGUUCAAACCUCAUUGUCGUGUCUUCCACUUCCUGUAUCCAUAUGUGGUCCAGUAGUUGUAACAGAAGACAAAAUUGGUCAUAUACCUCACAACGAAAUAGCAGAUGUCAUCAGUGAUACUGUGACUAUGCAUGCAGGAAAAUCUAAGCAUGGAUUCCCUAGUAUGGAAUCCUUUGGAAAGAUGAAAGCUUCUGAACCGGAAGAAUACCUAAAACAAAUCAAUCAGUGCUUUGUGGAAGAAAUUAUAACUUUAGAGGGAGAGAAGGGGGAAUCUGAUGAAAUUAAUAAAGAUGAUUCUCCCCAAAUACACACAGGUGCUGAUGGCCCUGUUCCAGAAUCUAAAAUUGAACUGUGCAGUGAUGGUUUUCAGCCAGUUGACAUUCAUGAUGAAAGUAUUACUUGUCCAGCUUUAGCUGACUUAACUUUUGAGGAAGACUUCACUAAAAGUCUAAUUAGUGAUGCAGAGCUUGAUGCUUUCUUAUCUGGACAGUGUCUUCAGCCCAAUAAUUCAAAGCCAUUUGGAGAAGAAAUGGAUGAAUUGCCGCAGACUGAUACAAAUCAAGUGAACUUAGUAAAUGUAAAUAAGCUGGAUUUCAAAAAGGUCAAUGAAUCACAAACAAAAGCAAAACUGGAGAUCAGAGAUCGGAGAGAUGAGAUUAAUAGUACUUGCAGGGUAGCUGAUAUUGACUAUAAAUUAGAGACGCCACCAGAAAAAAGUACAUAUCCUAUUCAGCAAGAGGUCUCUAGCCAUAUAACUGAGACUAAUAUUGAAAUACCUGUGUCUGCUCUUAGUCAUCAGAAUGUACAUAUUGGAGGUGCUAGACCUAAACAAUUGCUUAAUCUUCCUCAAAGAAAUAUACCUGAGAGAGAGAUCAGCAAGACAAAUAUGCCUAGCACUGAAUUCCAGGAAGUGAAUACCACACCCAUAAAGGCCCCUUUUUGUGAAACCAAAAUUAGUACUGACAUAAGCUCCAAUUGUAAUCAGUCUGAUACAGAAAACAGUUUGGAAGCAGGAGGAAGUUGUGUGCAUGCAAAUGUAGAACCUGUUAAAGUUCCUCUAGUUCUGGGACAAAAACAACCAGCCUGGGUUCCUGAUUCAAAGGCACCCAACUGCAUGAACUGCCAAGUCAAGUUCACAUUUACAAAAAGAAGACACCACUGUCGUGCAUGUGGGAAAGUGUUCUGUGGUGUCUGUUGCAAUCGGAAGUGCAAGCUGCAGUAUGCUGAAAAGGAAGCAAGAGUCUGUAUUGACUGUUACACAUCUAUUAAUAAAGCACAGGCAUUUGAAAGGAUGAUGAGUCCAACUGGUCCUAUCCCUAAUUCCAGUAUCUCCUUUGAAUGUUGUUCUACUGUUCCACCUUUGCAGGAAGCGCAGACACUUGGCACCCCUAAUUCUCCAUCUUCUGUUUUGUUACCUAUCUCUGUCCUGAAACAACCAGGUGUUGAUGGGCUGUGCCCCAGAGAACAGAGGAGAGUCUGGUUUGCAGAUGGUAUUUUGCCUAAUGGUGAAGUUGCAGACACAACAAAACUAUCAUCUGGAGUCAAGAGGUCUUCACUAGAUUUGAGUCCAGAAAGCCCUGACUUACCAGAGGUUGCAGGUCCUGUAGAUGACAUUUGUGUGACUGAUUUAAAAACAAAGGAUGAAACUUCAGUUACUGCAGGAACUGAGAAAUUCCACUGUUCCUUAUAUGUUGCUCUGGAUGAUGACCAGUUGCCCACUACAGGGCAAACUGAGAUGUUGCAUAGUCCUGACUCUGCAAUUCCAACUGCUGCUGCAAAUCCAACUGCUGCUGCAAAACAGUUUACAAAAGUUGAGAAAUCUCCUAGCCUUGGCAUAGUGGACCAAGCUACUCAUGAUUCUCCUGUUAGUCCUUCAGACUACAGAAUGUUGUGUGGUAUUGAAAACUGUGUUAGCAAAGAAUUCAGCCUUAUUCCUGAUGGUGAUGGACUGCCACCUCUCUUACUUGCAACUGGAGAAAAAGGAAAAGAUCCUCUGGUGGAAGAACACCCAUCUCAUCAGCAGGUCAUCUUGCUUCUUGGAGAAGAUGGACCUAAUCCAUUAACAUUCAUCCUAAAUGCAAACCUCCUUGUGAAUGUCAAGUUAGUAUCUUAUUCUUCAGAAGAAUGCUGGUACUUCGCAACAAACGGAUUACAUGGCUUGGGUCAGGCAGAAAUUAUCAUUAUGUUGUUGUGUUUGCCAAAUGAAGAUGUUAUUCCUAAAGAAAUAUUCACGUUGUUUGUUAACAUAUAUAAGGAUGCAGUGAAAGGAAAGUACAUAGGAAACUUGGAAAAUGUUACCUUCACUGAAAGCUUUCUUGGUAGCAAGGAUCAUGGAGGAUUCCUAUUUGUUGCACCAACUUUGCAGAAACUUGACAGUCUCCUGUUACCAAAUAAUCCUUUUCUUUGUGGCAUUCUCAUUCAGAAACUGGAAAUACCAUGGGCAAAGGUUUUUCCAAUUCGUUUAAUGUUGAGAUUGGGAGCAGAAUAUGGGGUGUACCCAACUCCUGUAAUAAGUAUCAGACACCGAAAGCCUCUCUUUGGGGAGAUAGGACACACAAUCAUGAAUUUACUUGUUGAUCUCAGAAAUUACCAAUAUACCUUGCAUACCAUAGAUAACUUAUUUAUUCAUAUGGAAAUGGGUAAAAGCUGCAUUAAAAUCCCUCUGAAGAGAUAUAAUGAAAUCAUGAAAGUGAUAAAUUCUUCCAAUGAGCAUGUUGUUAGCAUUGGAGCCAGUUUUAGCACUGAAGCAGAUUCUCACUUAGUUUGUGUACAGAGUGAUGGAGUUUAUCAGACACAAGCAAAUAGUGCUACUGGCCAUCCUAGGAGAGUUACAGGUGCAAGUUUUGUAGUAUUCAAUGGAGCCCUAAAAACAUCUUCUGGAUUUCUUGCUAAAUCAAGUAUAGUUGAAGAUGGACUAAUGGUACAGAUAACUCCAGAGACGAUGGAAGGUUUACGUCAAGCUUUAAGGGACAAAAAGGACUUUAAAAUUACAUGUGGCAAAAUGGAUGAAGCAGAACAAAGAGAAUAUGUAGAUAUUUUCUGGGUAGACAGUGAAGACAAAGUAAACCAGGGAGUUAUAAGCCCAGUAGAUGGAAAGUCAAUGGAAGGGAUUCAAAGUGAAAGAAUACUACAGGGAGAAGAUUUUGAAACUGAGGAAAAGCUUAUGAAGUGUACUGAAGUAUUCUAUAUCCUAAAGGACCAUGAGAUAUCCAGUGCAAUGCCUUACCAGUUUGCUAAAGAGAUUGCUGUAGCCAGCAGUGCUGCUCUUUGCCCGCAUCUCAAAACACUGAAAAAUAAUGGAAUGAAUAAGAUAGGCCUCAGAGUCUCCAUUGAUACUGAUAUGGUUGAGUAUCAGUUAGGAUCUGGAGGCCAGCUUCUUCCACAGCAUUAUCUAAAGGACCUUGACAGUGCUCUGAUUCCUGUGAUCCAUGGUGGGACAUCAGACACCACAAGUGUACCAUUAGAAAUUGAAUUAAUAUUUUUUAUUACAGAAUACCUCUUUUAAUAUAAAUGACAAUAUAUAUUAUACUAUGUAUAAUGUUCUGAUUUGCUAGAAUUAACCCAGCACCAAAGCUGUAAUCCUAUCAACACUAAAGAAGUUAAGGUUUAUUUCAAAAAUAUAAUUGAGUAAUAGAUUUUUAUACUGGGUUUAGUUUCUAAAAAUGAACCAAGUCCUCUAACCCUAGUAUAAAAAAUAACUUUUUUUAUUUUAGAGUUUAAGCUUUCCUAUGGUUGUGAAACUUUACACUUAAUAUAGUCACUGGAAAAAAAGGCAAAGACUUCUUACCUCUAAGCAAUCUGUAGCAUCUACUAUACUUGUUGUAAGGGUAAGCCAUAUACCUCUUAAACCCAAGCAAAUGAUUUAGUAACAGUCCUUAUAAUUAGAUGUAGCAUAAAUCUGGGACACUCCAUGUGGAUGUGCAAAUGAGUUGUAUUUAAUUUUUUUUUAAAUCUUGUAUAUUUAAUUGGUACAGAACUGUUUGUUGCUAUUGAGAUCCAGUAUAAAAUCUGAGGGUUGACCCCAAACAGUGGAUACUUAUGUACUUGUAAUAUGUAGAAUCUGCCUACACAAUGGGAUAUUUAUUGUGUGGGAAGAAUAGAGAACAGAACUUUGUCCAAUAUGUUGUGGAUAUUUGGGUUUUUUAAGAUUUCUUAAUUGGCCUUGUUCUGGCUUAAAAAUCAAGAGAAUUAGUAUGUUUGGUGGUGCUUUUGGAACUUGUGCUUUUAAGCUGAGUCUCUUUAUAGAGUAGCUGGUUUCCUUACGUAUUUAUAAUGACUUAUCUAACUUUGUUGGGUAUUAUUUUUGUAUUACACUGAUUUUUGUUUUCCUGUGCUUAAAAUAUACCUUUGUAAUUUGGGACUUCCAAGAGUGAUAAAGAACAGCCCAGGUGACCCUGAGUAGUUCUCAUGUAGCAAUAAGCCGGGCAUGAAACCUGUAAUAGCUUUUCUGCUUCUAUCUCUAACUUCUGAAACCUCUUCGUAGCCCUAUUUAUUUUUCAGGAAGAAAAUGUAUUAAGUGUGAAUUUUCAUGAUUAGAUUGCAUUUUUGAGGUUCUUUGUAUAGUACGUAUUUUUGAUACUGGGGUAUUAGCAAUUAAAAACUAAGAGGAGGUUUGUAAUUUGUGCCUGAGUGCAGAGAUUUAGAUAACACUGAUCAGGUAUAACUAUUGUGUAAUUAACCUGUUCAUUUUGAAGAGCAUCUUAACACGCUAUAUCUAAAACCAAAAUUGAAUAAAAUGUUGAGUUUUAGACUGACAGAUCAUUAAAAACCUAAAUAUCUAGAUGCCUUCUUCAUUCUCAUAGGAGAUAUUUAUAUAUAUUUUUUGUAUCAAAAACAUAGCUUGUAACUUAAAAAAAGUCACCAGCCCUAUUACCCACACCUUGAAGACCCAUAAUAAUGGAAAUGUACAGGAUUUAAGGUCUUAGGUUAAAGAAACUAGGUAUUUCAUUGUAGUAAUGCAGACAAUUUUUUGUUCAGAGAAAAAUUGCAGUUCUGUGGACCAGCCAGAGACAUUAAGUUAGGUAGCAUGAACAAAAUGGAUGUGUAGUCUUCUGAAAGUGGCUAACAAGAAGACAGCAGGGGCAAGCAGUAUUAGAAACAUGAACAAUAGACAAAUGACCAUUGUCAUGUUUCUCAAUGUUAAGUUCAGUUACACCAGAUGAAAACAAUUUGCAAACUAAUUAUUUUCUCUUUUUUGGUGUUGCCAUAUUGGUAAUUUGGGAAAUCAGAUUCAUGUCUUUAAACUCUUACCAUUUAAUGUUUCAAUUUCAUUUAAUAAUUAUCACUAACAAAUAAAACUGAUUUAAAUGCUUAACAGAUGAGGUAAAAUAACAUUGUUCUAUUAAAGCAAAAAGUACUUCUUGGACACAAGUUUCCCAUAUUUUUUCUGUCUUUAAAGUUUGUUUUUUUGCUUAAUUCUGCUGUUGUACUUGGAGUUAUAGACUGUUCUUACCACAGAAAUUGCUGUUUAUUUCCAAAUACAGCUUUCGGCAAUAGACUGUAAAUAAUACUGACAAAUAAAUGGACCAGCAUGAAA